CACACAGCCUACUAGGGGCAACAUCAGGCUCACGGGGUCCGGGCACGCCAUGGGGCGGUUCAAGUAAGGGGUAGUCUGGGUGUGCAGCAGGGACAGUUCAGGACACGGGUGGUCGGUGCACACACCAGGGACAGUUCAGGACAUGGGUGGACGGUGCACACAACAGGGAUAGUUCAGGACACGGGUGGCCUGUGUGCACACCAGGGACAGUUCAGGGCACGGGUGGUCUGUGCGCACAGCAGGGACAGUUCAUACCAUGGGUGGUCUGUGCGCACAAUAGGGACAGUUCAGGGCACGGGUGGUCUGUGUGCACAACAGGGACAGUUCAUACCACGGGUGGUCUUUGCGCACAAAAGGGACAGUUUAGGACAAGAGUGGUCUGUGCGCACAAUAGGGGUAGUUCAUGGCUUCUAGGGACACUCACGAUAGGCGUCUUGCAGAUGCUCAGCAGCAGGCAGCUUUCAGGGAGGUAGGUGACUUGCGGAUGCUCAGCAGCAGGCAUCUUCCAAGGACAAAGCGGUCAGCAGGCAGGACGGCUUCCCAGGGGCCCAGCAAUCAGCAGACAGGGUGGCUUCCCAGGGCCCCCCAGCGAUCGACAGACAGGAUGGCUUCACAGGGCCCCCCCAGCGAUCGGCAGAUAGGACGGCUUCCCAGGGCCCCCAGCGAUCGGCAGACAGGA